UGAUCAUAGUGCCACGCAACAUAACAGUUUGAUAAAGUAUCAUAAGGUUUUCGUAAACUGUAUAUCUACUGUUGAGUACUUUUUUAAUUUAUGUGAUUCAAUGAUCGCUCGUUUCGUGGCAGUGAGUAACAAAAGGCCGGAGAUGUCGAAAGAUUCGAAUGUUCAAAAUGAACAUAUCCAAAAGAAUCAGGUUCCAGCCUUGGAAGCGGACAAGACCUUACAAUGCAAAAUAAACACUUUAGCAAACCACUUCCGAUCACAAUUCAAUGUUUCGCCUUCAUUUUUCGUCAGAGUACCAGGACGAGUCAAUAUAAUUGGUGAACACAUCGAUUAUUGCGGCUAUGCAGUUUGUCCUAUGGCGAUUGAACAAUUCAUUCUUGUUGCUCUUGCUGCAUCAGAAAAAAAUGAAUUUCGAAUCACAAAUCUCGAUCCAAAAUACGAAGAUUAUCAAUGCAGAGAUUUCAAAGGCAUAAGUAAUCGAAAGAUAGAGGAUUCAAAUGGAGGUCCUGAUUGGCACAAAUAUUUCCUUUGUGGGGUCAAGGGUAUUCUGGAAGCCAUACCAAAAGAAAAAAUUCCAUCUGGGAUGUUAGCAGCUGUCUGGGGAAAUAUUCCUGCGAAUUCUGGACUUUCUAGUUCAAGUGCUCUUGUUUCUGCUGCUGCAUUAUCAACAGUACGCCUUAGUCAGUAUUCAAUCUCUAAAGAAGAACUGGCAACAAUAAGUGCAAGUGCUGAAAGAUAUAUUGGAACCCAGGGAGGAGGAAUGGACCAAGCAAUUGCUUUUUUGGGCAAAGCAGGUUCCGCCAAGCUUAUCGAAUUUAAUCCACUGCGGGCUACGGAUAUAACUUUACCACAAAAUGCGGUUUUCGUGAUAGCUCACAGUCUGGUUUGUCACAAUAAAGCUUCUACCUCUGAUUUUAAUCUGAGAGUCGCAGAAUGUAGACUCGCAGCCCAGAUGAUAGCAAAGAAGAGGAUCGUGAAUUGGAAGGCAAUACAAAAAUUAAUAGAUAUCCAGAAGAGGCUGGGAAAAAGUCUCGAGGACAUGUCAGAAAUCGUGGUGAUGGACCUAAAGGAAGACCCGUACUCUCUUGAUGAGAUUCGUGAAGUGCUAGAAACCUCAAAUGAGGAAUUAGCAACUUAUUCGAUUAAAUCGAUGUUUAGCCCAACACAAAAGUAUAAACUUCGAGAAAGAGCCCUUCACGUCUAUCAAGAAGCAGCAAGAGUGAUUGCUUUUCGUGAAGUCAACGAGGAUACAAGUAUAGAAGAAAACGAUAAAUUUCGCCAAUUGGGUAGCUUGAUGUCUGAAAGUCAUUCGAGCCUCUCUAAGUUAUAUGAGUGCAGUCACCCCCAAGUUGACGCCCUUGUGAACGCAGCCCUAGAUUGUGGAGCACUUGGAGCAAGACUCACUGGAGCCGGGUGGGGAGGUUGCGUUGUAGCAAUCACGACAAGAAAUAAUGUACAUACAUUUGUGGAGGCGCUCAAAGAGAAGUUUUAUCGCAAUCUAGACUUGGGAGGAGCUGCUUUAAAGGAUCUGGUUUUUCCAACAGAACCAUACCAAGGCGCCGCAAUUUACAACUUUUAGCUAUUUCAUUUAUGUAUUAAAUUCCUAUUUAGUAUUUCUCAUCAGUUUUCUGUAUAAUAGUAAUAUGAACGAAAAAGGAUUGCCUUUUCCCACACCGAAGUAGAAAUAGACGCAAAGUAUUUCUUACUUCCUUUUUAAUCUGUAUGAUUUUAAAAUUAAAAUCAUAUUUUUAGAAGUUUAUUUCAUAGAAUAUUUUAAAUACAUCCCCUUUAAUCACACUAAACAGUG